AUGCAGGGAUUCAACAAAUACUAUCCUCCAGACUAUGACCCGGAGAAGCAUAAAAACUUGAAUGCAUAUCAUGGGAAGCAUGCUUUGGGAGAUCGGGCAAGGAAGAUUGAUAAAGGCAUCCUUGUCACCCGGUUCGAGUUACCUUUCAACAUAUGGUGUAGCACUUGCAACGCCCACAUCGGCAUGGGAGUACGGUACAAUGCAGAGAAACGCAAGGUUGGGAACUACUAUAGCACUCCGAUCUACGCCUUCCGGUGUAAAUGCCACCUCUGCGGUGGGUGGUUCGAGAUCCGCACCGAUCCCCAGCACACGCGGUAUGUCGUCGAGUCCGGGGCGAGGCAGAAGGACGAGGAAUGGGACCCUGCUGCAGCGGGAGGGUAUGCGGUCCAUGACCCGGAGGCUGCGGGGGAGGCAGACCCACUUGCUGCUUUGGAGAAGACGACAAGCGCACUGAAGAGGAUCGACCAGGUUGAGCGGCCGAGGAUCGACAGCCUUCAGGAGCUGAGCGAACGCCGGACUGCCGACCCGUACACUGUUAGCUCAAAGCUGCGCAAGACGUUUAGGGAGGAGAAGAAGCUGCUGGAGGCGCAGCGCCUUGCGGACGAGGGGUUGAAAGACAAGUACGGGCUGAACGAGGAGAUCAAGUUG